AAGACACACAGAGAGUCACACACAAAGACAAAUCAAAAGAUAUCGAUUCUGAAAGAAAGAAAGAAAAAAACAAACUUGUUGAGAUAAGACGAAGAUUCGUUUGUGCAAAGAGAGACAUGGUGUUCCGAGGCGACACGGUGAUGUCCGUAGCCCACUUCUCUGCGGAUAUAUUUCAGCGGUGGAUCCCGGCGUCGGAACGAAUCAGAAGCGGCGAGAUGUUGCAGCUCGUCUGCUGUUUUCCACUUCAAGAGCUUGGUCGGUUCGUGGCAUGGUUCUGGAACUAUAUAUGUGUUCCACCCCCUGAGAUAUUAUAUUAUGAGAGAUCAUCAUCGUCGUCGUCUUCUUCGAUUGUUAAUAGCCAGAACUACUAUCAUCUUCACUUGGAGUGACUAUGUUUUUCAUUUCAAGUAUUAUUGUAUAGAAAAAAAAAACUACUUGGCUGGAGUUUCUCGGGGUUGUUGGAUUGAUCGGAGUAUGUUUAUCAAUCCUUGUUUAUUAGAAUCAAGGGAUAAUGUUUUUGUUAAUUCGUGAAGGGAUAUGUAAUGUUACAUGGUAUAAUCAUUGGAUGUUAUCUCUAUGGUAACGUGUAUUUUUUAGGCUAGAAACUAGUGUGGAUGAUCAAGUUCUCAAGCAAUGGUUCUUCUUUGUGUAAAGAUCAGUUUUUUUAAGCAGAGUGGUCUCAAGAUAAAGCAAGGUACCUUAAUCAAAUCAUUCAAAUCACUUACUAUCAUCUUUGGGAGUGUGUAAUCCAUUUAGGUGGUUUGAGAAGUUUAAUGGAAUCCAGUUCAGGAUUAACGUUGUAUGGCAGCAGUGGCUUGGCUUGCGACGAGUUUGGGCCUUCUCCAGUAUGAUAUCAUUGUUCUAGAUGCAGAGCGUACCUUCUCUCAAGAUUUGUGUUAUGUUUCGGUUCUAAAGAAGAAAAGGGUUUACAUAUCCCUUUGUUGGUUGAAUCGGUUUGGUUAUCAUGUGAUUCUUUCUUGUAGCAACUAGCAACAUAAUAGGAUUAGUCUCGUCUUUCCUUUAGCCAAAUGUUAGUUAAACGAUCUAACUUGGGCCAAGUCUGCGGAUAGGGUCCAAUCUUUUUCUAUAGGAAGUUCACAAGGUUGUAUUGUUUUUCAA